CUGAGUCCUAAAGGGUGAGACGGGCUGGCAUGGGAGGUCUGAGGGAACAGUGUGCCAGGCAGAGGGAACAGCAGGUGCAGGGACCGAGGGGAGGAAACAGGUCUUGAGAAUCGGAGGACUAGAAACGAGGCCAGCGUGUGUGAGUCAUAAGGCAUAAGAGUGGUUGGAGAUGGGGACAUGGAAAGACUUCGCAAAGCAUCGAGUGGGCCAGAAGGAGAAGGGAAUGGUGUUGUCAUUGUGAGUUAUUACUGCAGUGACAGUGGGCUUUGUGUCCAGCCCUAGAUUCCAGAGAUGAGGAGGACCUUCCCACCUGUUCACUUCAGGAAGACCAUGAACCUUCCCCCUUGCAUCGCCAUUGGCUGAAUCAGGUCGGCUCUGCUGGCUGCAGACUCGUUCUCUGUUUAUCAAAGGCUGUAGCAGGUGCAUUAAAACGUAUCAGCCCAGCCCCAGGCAGAUGGAGGCGACACGGAGAGCUUGGAAUCGAAAGGCGCUGCUGAUCACCGUGACCCCAAGAUACACCUGCUUUCUCUUUGUUAAGGAAUUAGACACGAUACUUUCAUCUUUAAAGACAGAUCAAAGAAAGAAAGAAGGGAAGGAAAGGAAGGAAGGAAGGAAGGAAGGAAGGAAGGAAGGGAGGAAGGAAGAAAAUGCCUGCAAAUCCUUGGUCGUACAUACUUUCUGGUGUUUGACAUCUCCCAGACAUGGUUUGAACUUUGAACAGUCUUAUGGAAAAUUUGAGAUCGUGUCAGAACGGGCUCACUGCUCUCCCCCUGACACUGUAACAGGAACUCAUACUGAUAUUGGCUUAUUAAGUUACAGAGCAUGUGGGUUCCCAUCAGUCAACAGGGGCUGGUGUCUGAUCCUCGAAAGUAAUUUCACAGAUGUGGAAAUAGAGACGCGGAAAAGCGAUAACUCAUCCAAGUUCCCACAGCCAGCGAGUGACGGAGCUGAGCUUCGAGUCCAUGCAGCUUCCCUUGGGACCCCAUCCUUCCUCUUCUGCGGGUGGAGGUCACAAGUACCCUGCUGGGGAAAUCGAGGGCUGAGUCCUCAUAUGUCACAGCGGCCUGUUGGCAACCAAUGUCCCACGCCGUCAGAGGUAGACGUGGAGGAAACGUACCUCCCAUACAUCGAUGGCGGGAGUGUUAAAUGGUACGGUCACUUUGAAAAACUCUUUGGCCAUUUUUUAAAAUAUAAUUUAUUGUCAAAUUGGCUGACAUACAGGGUGUAAGGUGUGAUCUUGGUUUUGGGGGUGGGUUCCCGCGAUUCAUCGCUUACACACAACGCCCAGUGCUCAUCCCAACGAACGCCCUCCUCCGGGCCCAUCACCCAUUUUCCCCUCUCCCCCACCCUCCCAUCCACCCUCAGUUUGUUCUCUGUAUU